AUGCGCGCCGGAGCUGCUGAAAUCCGGGCGGCUAACCAAUGCAACAGCGCAAACAGUGGUUACGUUGUAUCCGCCGCACCAGUGCCUCCAAUGGCAUCAGCUCCGCCUAUGGGAAACCCGGAAUACGAGACCAAUUCCGUACCAGAGCCAUUAGCAUGGGUGCCAUACGCUGGAAUCACAAAUGUCCUCGAUGAGAUCCCGCCUGGGGAGAACCACAUGAACGAAGCUGGUAGCCAGUUUAGUGAAGAAAUUUCUGACGUGGACUAUAGUUCAUUGGAACAUGAAGCGCGAUCGGUACUACUCUCUGACUUGGACUCCAAUGGCGAGGCUGAUGGGGAGGAGUGGGAGAUGGAUCCUGGGGAUCUCCAAGCUAUCAUUGGAGUGGUGUUGCCUUCAGUACAAGAAACACCCAACCACGACUUGCCAGAGGUGCCACGGUCCCGAAAGCAUCGACAGUCACAUCAAGUCAAUGUUCCGACUAUUUCAGGUCAAGCUACCAGCUUGGACCACAAUUCGUCGAUCAAAGGCCGAUAUAAGGGCAUUACUUGGAUUGGAUACGCACGCGGUAAAGAUGUAUAUAAGUUGUCUCAAUCUUGGAAGUGGCUAGAGGGGCUGGAACAAUCUGCGCGUGCACCCAUGGUCCGAGCAGAAAGCGGUGAUUUCUAUCUUUAUGAACCACUGCAACUUUCUAAUGAUGACAUUGUAGUACCACUAUACUUCUAUACAGCUGGAGGCGAAUUGUGGUCCAAAUGCGUCUCUCCUGACUUCAAUCCUGAAAUCAAUGGGUCCGGUCUCCGGUUGACAAUCCCAGGCGAUACUUCUUUCACAUCGGUGCAAUUGCUCACUAUUCCGUUAGGGGUUAAAGAUACGCUGAACAAGGCUAUCAUAGAUAGGAAGUAUGGAAUCAUUGCCAAGAAAGAAGAUGCAACUUUGGAAGAGCUUAAAUUCCUCGAGGAUCAUAAGAGCUUGGACGCCGAGCGCCAAAAGGCAAUUUUCAACGCAUUCUUUGAAAUCGAUGGUGAGUGGGCUACUAUACUAUCUGCUCCCGAAAAUGGGUGCGCUGCUGACCCGUGGUAUGGGCCAUGA